UUUAUUUUUCAAAUAUCAUAUAUCAAAAUUUCAGCUGUUUUUCCUGCAAUAUCUUGUAUUCACAUUCUCUUCUAAGGUCAGUGGAAACUGAAAAAUGGCGCUCUCAUUUGCAGUUGUAGCUUCCUCAUCUUCAAUAAUGUGCAAAGCUAUUAAUGCCAACAACCACUCGCACCUUCAAGACUUAUCGUACAUCAAACGCGCCGCCCUUAUAUCCGACAAGUCUGCUGGGUUUACUUCCCCGCACCCGAAUUUUGGAUGCGUUAUUGUUACACCCUCGGUCGAAGUGGUUGGGGAAGGUUACUUGUAUGCCCAAGGUACAAAGCCGGCGGAGGUUCUGGCAGUUGAGGCCGCCGGCGAACGGUGUAGAGGCGCGACCGCUUAUGUUAAUAUGGAGCCUGGAGAUUGCCAUGGGGAUGACACCGCCGUCUCCGCUCUUGUUCAGGCAGGGAUCACAAGGGCUGUUAUUGGAAUGAGGCAUCCUCUGCAGCAUCUAAGAGGAAAUGCUAUACGUGCAUUAAGGAGCCAAGGUUUGCAGGUUGAUGUUCUUGGAGAGGAUAUGCAAAGUAAACUUGUGGAGGAAGCUCGAAAGGCAUGUCUCCUUGUCAACUUACCUUUUGUUCAUAGAGCUGCUUCUCGUGUUCCAUUUUCUGUUCUUAAGUAUGCAAUGACCCUUGAUGCUGUUAAAUAUAUGGGUCACUUCAGACGGUGUUUCUUGGAUGGAAUAGGUAAAAUAGCUGCAAGUAGUGGACAUGCAGCAUGGAUAAGUAGCAAGUUGUCUAGGAAUCGAGUUUUUGAGUUACGGGGUAGAAGCGAUGCCAUUAUAGUUGGAGGGAACACUGUGCGUAGGGACAACCCAAGACUGACAGCAAGACAUGGAGGUGGGCAUAUGCCAAUUCGAAUUGUACUGUCUCAAUCGCUUGAUCUUCCUGAGGAGGCAAAUCUUUGGGACCUAUCUGAUGUAUCUACUGUAGUUGUAACACAAAGGGGAGCAAGGAGGGGUUUCCAGAGAUAUCUUGCAUCUAAAGGAGUUGAGGUAGUGGAGUUCGACAUCUUAAACCCUAGGGAUGUAAUGGAAUAUUUUCAUGACCGUGGAUACCUCUCCAUUUUAUGGGAGUGUGGAGGAACUCUAGCUGCAUCUGCUAUUUCAUCGGGUGUAAUACACAAGGUUUUUGCAUUUGUUGCUCCUAAAAUUAUUGGUGGGAAGAAUGCUCCUUCUCCUGUGGGUGAGCUUGGGAUGGUUGAGAUGUCUCAAGCACUGGAUUUGAUUGACGUUUGCUUUGAGCAGAUUGGACCUGAUAUGCUCAUCAGUGGAUUUCUUCAGCCUAUACCAGAUUUAACGCCCACUAUUCCUUCAGAAGAUGAAACCUUUGCUAUUGACCCUACUGUUGCUCCUUUUGAGACGAGCAUCAUAUUCUUCUAUAAAACAUGGGAUCUUUAUGGCGCCUUCUCAAAUUUUUCUCCUCAUCCAAUUCAAAUGCCCGAUGAAGAUGGCAAUUAUGUCACUUGGUUUAGUGUAGAGCAUUAUUACCAGGCAAACAAGUUCAUCGGAGUCAGCAAUCCUCUAGCACAGGAUUGCAUAGACAAAAUAAAAUCAGCAAAAAGUCCAGAGGAAGCAGCACGAAUGGGAAGGCUAACACAGCGGCGACAACCUCAUCUGGUGAGAUCUGAUUGGGAAAGUGUGAAGAUUGAUGUUAUGUAUAGGGCACUAAAAUGCAAGUUCUCGAUAUAUCCUCACUUGAAUUCCAUGUUGCUAUCGACUGCCGGGUCGGUCCUAGUUGAAGCUUCGCCUCACGAUCUUUUCUGGGGUGGCGGGCGGGACGGCGAAGGCCUGAAUUAUCUUGGCAGGCUGCUGAUGAAGUUGAGGUCAGAGUUUCUUGGUGAAUCAUCUGCUGCAAGUGAAAACACCUGCAUAGCUUUAUGAUGUACAUAAAAAAGAAAAUAAAUGAAAUUGAUCCUGCAUAGACCCACAUUUGAUCUGUGUUGUAACAAUAUAUAUCAUACAAAGAAAGUUUAGGUUAAGUUUUGAGUUAAAAUUAUCAUAGUAUUGUUUUCGGUUGGAAUUUUGUUUUCUUAUUCUAUCAGAAAAUGUAUUCGGUUUCGAACUUA